AUGUAUUUUGUGAUUACCAUCAGACUACUCAAGAGAUUUGAGCAAGUAAGCCUCCAGCAUAUACCACGGAAAGAGAAUCAGAGAGCAAACGCUUUGGUGCAUGAAGCUUCAGUGUAUAAAGCGUCGAAAAACCAGAAUGAAGAAGAGGUUCAAGUAAGAGAGAAGGUACGAGCAACAUUGUUAUCACCAUCAGAUUUGUCGAUUAUAAAGUUAGGAGCUGUAGAUAGAUAUCAUUUUGAAAUUCUGAUCGUCGAUGACGGGGGAGAAAAUGAUUGGCGCAAAUUGUUAGUCGAUUAUUUAUGUAAUCCUAUAGGGUCGACAGAUCGAAAGGUAAAAUAUAGGGCCCUCAGCUAUGUCCUGGUGAAUGAUAAAUUAUUCAAAAAGACAGCUGAAGGAGUUUUGCUAAAGUGCCUUGGAGAAAGUGAGGCAUAUGUGGCUGUGUCGAGUGACAUAGUGGAGCGUGUGGGGUGCAUCAAGCGGGACUGA